ACUCUUUUUGUCUACAGAAACUCUCUGGGCUUGGGGUGGGAUAACCCAGAAAAAAACUCUCUUAAUUUGGCUGUUGGACAAGUACAAAAAUCUUCUAAAGAGCCCCUGGUGGCGCAGUGGUAAAACUGCCGCCCUGUAACCAGAAGGUUACAAGUUCGAUACUGACCAGGGGCUCAAGGUUGACUCAGCCUUCCAUCCUUCCGAGGUCGGUAAAAUGAGUACCCAGAAUGUUGGGGGCAAUAUGCUAAAUCAUUGUAAACCGCUUAGAGAGCUCCGGCUAUAGAGCGGUAUAUAAAUGUAAGUGCUAUUGCUAUUGCUAUUCUAUGUGCAAGCCUACACGUGGUGAGAAAACUGAUAGGUGGUGAACGUUUAAUAAAUCUUCCUCUCCCACCCUUUUCCUGAGUUAAAAACCAACUCAGAGAGGCUUUAAAAAUAAAAGAACUUUAAAAAAACAAAAACAGUUUCAUUCUAUUACUACAGACUGCUUCCGCCUGAGUCUCUCUCAGCUUUUAGGUACAGUUAAGAAUACAGCAGGGUUACAAAAAUAGGUUGUCUUAAUGAACGCUUAAAUGUUUAUAGAUUCUUUUGCAAUGCCCUAGGUAGGAUGGGUGUAGGCUAGUGUUUCUUAUUUUAAUUUUGUUACAGGUAAACAAUAAUAGAACAGUAUCAGGAAUAUGUAAAAGCACACACACAAAGAAAUAUAAGUUUCUAACGCAAAAUCUGACCAACAAACCUUUCCCUAGACUAAACUUCCCAAAGCCAUAAACCCUGGCUCCUUGCCUUAAUCUCACCAAAUGCCUGAUGAGAAUUCAAGCUUCCUGCUCUCCUGUUUUUCAAGGAUCUGCAGAGUUACUCUCCUUCCUUGGCCACAUGUCCUCUUGUGCACCUCCUCCAGGCUAGCUUCUCCUCUAACAAAGGACUCACCUCUUCCUGGCAACAGCUCUCUAGGUUCCACCCACCUGUUGUGCUGAUUGGCUGAGCCCUGGAGUUCAACAGCCUGUCAGUCAAGACAAGGGCUCACUUUCGGUUAACUCUUUAGGGCAUGGAUUCUCAACGUUGGGUCCCCAGAUGUUAUUGGACUUCAACUCCCAUCAUCCCCAGCCCCAGUGGCCUUUGGAUGAGGAUUAUGGGAGUUGAAAUCCAAUAACAUCUAGGGACCCAACGUUGAGAAUCCCUGCUUUAGGGGGAGGGGAGGCUGGUCACUACAGGAACAUUGUGAAAUGCAUUAGCUGUGCAAAUUAAGGCAAAGGAAAAAAUCGUACAUGGCAAGAAUUAUCAUAAUAUAUGCCUGACACCCACUGUAAUCUCUUUACAGUGCUGGCAUACAAUAUCAUUUGGAUAUUGAAUUAGUGUUGCUUUGAGUACAGCCCAUUCUACAUAACUUGUGACCCACCAAGGCAAACACAGCCCGCUAGUCAGAUUAAUGGGUCUGCCAGGUGCUCAAAAACCCUCCUGUUUCUUGCAGGUAGUAGAAGUAUGGGUUUUACCAAAUCCCACUGGUGUGCUGUAUUUUGGUCACAAGUUAACAGGCAUGCCUUCAACACUAACAUCUAGUUGAGCAUUUUGGAAUGGGCCAUACUCGGUGGCAGAGCCCUGGAAGGUGGCAGAUGAAUAUCAGCAUACAAAGAAAUCUAAAUAACUUGCAUUUAGCAGGUUAGUUUCAUUUAAACUAGUAGGGUUAAUUUCCAUUAAGUGUUAGCAUGUCCUCCUAAAUGAUUUGGAGACUACAGCCGUUCUCAAACUAUAUAUUGCAUUGAUAGUAUUGGGAAAGUGCAACACACCCAAUAAACCCUAGUCAGAUCUUAGUUUAGUUCUUAUAACGAUUAUAUUAACUAUAAAUGGUGGGAGGUGCAGGGAAUGUGUUGCCCAGCAGUAACUUAAAAUUAGCAAUCGUUUCCUUAGAAGUCAUUGAUGCUGAACAUGUUGUCCACUCCACAUCAGAUCAACAUGUAGUGGUGCAUCAUGUCUAUCAUCACGGCACUGAACCUUAAUUAAUGUAAUUAUUAUAUUCUAAUUUGACAUCACCAAAUGCAAACACUGUAAGAAGAACGUGGAUGUUUAUCAUCACCACCACAAACCCCACACCCCUGGCAAAAGAACAUGGAUGUUUAUAAAGAGAAUUGAUUAUCUCCUGUAUUCAAUCCUGGAAAAUAAAUGAAACUGCCCUUUCAUCAGUUUCUAGCAUGCUAAUUUCCCCCACCUCCCACCAGCCCAUCAAGAUAUGUAACAGUCUUGAGCAAUAGAAGUAUAUGUUCCAGGAACAUUAAGAAAGAAAUAAUUGCCAGCCAUUCCUAAACCUUUUUAGCUGUGCAGAUUGCCAUUUUUGUUUGUUUAUCCUUCAUAGAGCACCACAUUAUAUACACUAUAUACACCUUGCAGCCACCUAAUGAGAAAGUCUUCCAAAUUAACACUGAACUCCUUCAGCACUCAGAUACAGCAUGCAAGGUGAAGGAAAAGGAGAAGUAUCACAGGAUAGCAGGCAAGCAUUGCUGGAUUUUGCACACACUGCAUAUCACUGAAAUAUUUUAAAGAGAAAAUGCACAACACUCUCCUUUUCCUUCAUUGAAGCAAAUGUACAGAGCCAGGAAGCUGAGUUUUUCAUCAGCAUUCCCCACUUUUUUGCUUAGUGAAUUGCAUGUUCAUUGGUUAGAUUCUCCAAUUAUUUAUGUAUAACUGAUCUUCUCUCCCUCUAGUGGUCUGCCUGUUCCAAGUUAUGUCUCGUGCUUACAAAGAAGGGUGUAUCCAGACAUAUAGAGAGCUCCUGCUAAUUUCGCAAAAAGGAACCUUUAAAAGCGGUUAUUUUUAGCAGCGGGGGUGGAGUGGGGGGAAGCAACUGUCCUUUUCCAACCGCCGUGCAGCACCUUUCCAGUAGCAGUUGCUGGAGUCUGCUCUGUGUUUCUUUUUAGACAGUGAGCCCUUUUGGGAAAGGGAAAUGUUUCAAUCCUUUUUCCUAUCUAAAAUAGGGAUGUGCAAAGUGAUUUGUGUUCGAAACGAUUUGAGCUUGAAAUGGACUCAAACUCAAAAUGGCACACUCUUGAAAUGGACUCAAACUCAAAAUGACACACUCAAAAGGGCCUGUUUCAAGUUCGAAACAAAAUGGCCCCCUUUUGAGCUUGAAUCAUUUGGAGUGUUUCAAGUGCCAUUUUGGAGGGCUGUUUUGCCCUUGCUGAUUGGUUUUCUGACACUGGCUUCCAGUUGAGAUCUCCUUGCUUCUUGGUUGGCUUGUUAUCAUACAAAUCAAGUGUUGUCAUGGGCAACCGUGACCCCAUUGGCUGAGGAGAGGCAGGAAGGAGGCCAAAAGAGGCAGGCAGACAGGGAUGUACAGGUAUACUGGAGAAGAAGAGAAGACAAGAAGAGUUUCCCUCACGCAUUCAGUUGGAGGUCCCAAACCACAGAAGGGCAUUCACCUCAUUUAAAAAAACAGAGAGAAUCUGGUAAGUGUUCAAAGGAAAGAAGGGGCCCCAACCCCAUCUCUAUCAAAGCCAGAAGAUUUGCAACUUUCUUUACUUGGAGAAGAACUUAGCCCAUAAAUACCAAUAUGGGGAAACCAACAGACUUUUGAGGAAAGCCAGAUAUCCACAUGGACUGCAUGAGUAAAAUUUUGCAUAAAGGAUUCAAAGAACGAGGUAAUACAAAUUCAAAGCUUUCUGAGAAAAUACUGUAAAUACGGUUUGGCAUGCUAUCUGAAUUGACAAACCGUAGUUAACAGUCAUUCCUCUACUGCCAGACACCACUGUUCCUGAAGAUGGGAAUGACAAACAAGCAGCCCCAAGCUAUCAUUGACCCAAUUGUUUGUAAGCUUAAGUCAUAAUUUGAAGUAUAAACUGUGUUAUGCACAGACCAUGACUGAUGUCUGAACCAAGCCAUUUGUGAACAGGGCAAGUAUUGUAGAAUAACCUGAGACAGAACUCUUACAUUUAGGAACAAUGAAUAUUUUAACUACGAGGACAUCACUCCAAGGCUUAAACCUUCGGUCCCAAGAUGUUGAACUAUAGCUCCCAUGACCUUUGGCCAUUGUGGCUGGGGAUAGUGGGAGUUGUAGACCAACAGCAUCUGGGACUCAAAGUUGAGUACCUCUGACUUAGACAGCAUGGCAAAAGAAAGUUCACACACAUCACUAACCAGUUCACCUCUUACUCCUGAUCUCAUUUAUUUUUCAUUUAUACUGUCUAUUCAACAGUCUCUAGUCAGUUUACAACCAAAAACAACCAACAAGCCAAUUAAAUAUAGCAAUUAAAAACAUAGUUAAACCAAUCAAAAGCAACAAUCAAACAACUUGUUACAAAGGUGUGCCUUUAAGGCCUUCUUAAAAGCUGGCAGUGGGGUAACCCCAUAUCUUGGUAGGCUGCACAUUCCAAAGGUCAGGGACAGCUACAGACAAGGUCCAACCCCAAGUUGUCACUAAAUGAGUCAGCAGCAACUGCAGGAGGACCUCUCCAGGAGGUUUUACAGUCAGGGCUUCUACCCCGAAUCUCCUUCAGAAGAGAGUGUGUGCGUUCACACCAGUGGUGGACUUAGGUAAUUUGGGCGCCUGGGCCACCCAACCGCGAGCCCCCCCCAUGUGAGGCCUCCCAGAAACCACCUUUGGGGGGCCCGCCCUGCCAGCAGGGUGUGGGCUGGCUGCCGGAGGCCCCUGGCUAUUUGGAGGCCCCCCUGGGACCUUGGAGGACUGGACCGGGUCCCCAAGGUCCGGGGGGUUAGAGCGCCUCUGGUUCACACACCAGCCAAACUUACCCCGAAGUCCGUUUGAGAUCCUUGGACCCACUCCACACACAAAUCAGGUGUUGACUUGCGAAUUCUAGCUUAUCUCGAUGUAUUUCUGGGUUUUAAAAAUGCUGGUUUUAAGCUACUUUUUCUGAAAAUGCCGGAGCAAAUAGGGAGAGGCACCGACAUAGAAUCAUUAGCAUAAUAAUAAGGAUACUCUCUUUAGAAAUGCAGAUAUAGCUCUUUAGUAAUGUCUCUCUUUCUCCCCCCCCCCCCACUGGCUAGAAGGAAACCAUGGAGGCAUGCCAUGUGAACUUGCAGAAACAAAAACUGAGAGCAAAGGGGAGGGGCUGCUUCCUUCAAUGCCACAGGUGUAAUUCGAAGUAUCUUCGCUCAACAUUUACUCCACAGCAUGAAGCCAUGUGCGAAUAACAAGUGAUGGGGAUUAUAGAGAAGAGAGCUCUUGCUUAUGUAAACUGUGCCAAAGCCAUUUAGGGCUUUGUGGCUAACUACCAGCACUUUGUAUUUCCUGGAAGCAUAUCGGCAGGCAGUUCAAAACAGGAGUGAUUUCAGUUUGUCCAAGACAACAACCUAGCUGCUGAGUUUUGCAUUAACUGAAGCUUCCAGACUAUAUUCAAAGGCUUCCAGACUAUAUUCAAAGGCAGCCCUACACAGAUUCCAUUACAGUAGUCAAGCUAUGUUGCAGACUAUGUUCAUCCUUGAUUCAUUUUUCACCAGAAUCAGACAUGGUUGCCAGCACGCCAGCGUUUCUACCACAAUCCAGAGCGCUCACACUUACAGAGCAGCAAAGUCUGUAUGCAUGAGCAUCCCGAGAGGGGAAGUGAGGAUAGGCAGGGCAACGGAGGCAGGGCGUGAUUUUCAAUUCCAUUUGGACAGUGUACCUGAGUAAGGUAAAAGUGUGCUGUCAAGUCUAUUUCACCUCCUGGCGCCCACAGAGCCCUGUUGGUAUCUUUGGUAGAAUUCAGGAGGGGUUUACCAUUGCCAUCUCCCACACAGUAUAUAUCACUGCUGCCCAAUAUAGGUGUAUCCCAUAGUCUGGGAAACAUACCAGUGGGGAUUCAAACCGGCAACCUUGUGCUUGUUAGUCAAGCAUUUCCCCACUGCGCCACUUAAAGGUGACCUUGUACCUGAGUACACCAUCCUUAAAAAUAACACCUGAAUGAGGCGAAGCACAAUCGGUCCAACAAGCAGGGAGAUAUUCUACAGGUGGCAGCACUACUUAUUGCAGUAAGGGCAGGAAAUGAGAAUGAGCAGGAGCCACAGAACCAGAGGCAAAAAGAGAAUUGCUAGAAGGCUACUUGCAUCGACAGGGUCAACUAUAGAACAACUAGUUGGGGGUGGCAAAGAACAUUAGCGGAGCUAGGAUUUUGCUAUGCAUUAAAUACUUAUACAAGUAAGAUAAUUAAUUUUGUUAAUUUAUUUACCUUAUUGAUGAAACUUGCUUGACAUUUUCAAACUUAUUCCAAAAACGCCUUCAUUAUCCCUACCGCCUAGUAAGAUCAUCAGGUUGUGGAUGCCACCAGCUCAGUUGGUGGUAACUCAAAACUGGGCCUUUUGGUGUACCCAGGUAAAUUGUCCAUAAAAAUAACGAGGCUCUUGUCUGCUGCCUUUAAGCCGCUUGUUGGGUGAGCUCAGCAGCAUAACCAGGCCUUUUCUUCCCCAGGAUACACUCCCAAACAAAAUUAGAACCUCCCCUUCUCUGGGUGUAUUUAAGAAAAACCUGAAAACAUACGAGUUUAAUCAGGCUUUAAAUUUAUAGUUUUAAAGUUUUAGAGUUUUCUCUUUCUUUCCAAUACCAUGUAGCAGGGAAAGCUGGGAUGAGGAGAGAAGGCUGUACCAAGCCAUCUGAAAGCUGCAAAGGAGAUGAGCCUGCGGUCCUCCGUGCAAGUGGUCUCGUCAUCCAGCCCAGAUGCUGGCCAAGAAGGAAGCAAAGGACUUGGCCUGGUUCCUGGGAGGAUGGAGGAAUUCUAGCCAGCAUUUUUACAGGCCUUGCAACCAUCUCAAAGGAAGAACACAAAAAGGGGAAAGGUUUUGCAUCUAAUCUAGCAAACCUGUUAAAAUUCGGAGCUCUUCCAACAACUUUGGACAGAAUGGGGGCUUUGAAGCAACUUAGCAUUGUUGUCAUUGUGCUAUCCAGCCCUGCUCUCCCUGCCAGCAUUUUCUUCCCCCUCCUCCCCCUCCCAUAUUUGUGUGUGUUCAGAGAGUCAGGCUUAGCCUGCUCAUAAACUUCAGUUCCUGGGCGGGACCCCACACACACACACACACACAGCUGGAUUUGAAACAGCUGGAUCUGCCUCCCCUGCAAUUUUAGCCAGGAGCCCCACAAGCUUUGGACUGGCUGGCGGAGGAUGAACUGAUCAGAACUGUGAAGCUGGGAUUCGGUUGCUGGCAGGAUCCAGAAAAUGGGUUGCUGGAGGAGCCUCACGCGGAUUCUGCUACUGCUGUUGUCGCUCUCAUCUUAUUGCAAAGCAGGGCGAAAUGUGAAAAGCAAUGUAUGUAAGUGGUGUGACAACACAUAUCCAAUCUGUGAAGAAAAAGUGUGCUACACCAAUUGUGACUUAAGCUCCUAUUGUGAAAAACCAGAUGAAAUCUGUGUGUCUAUAUGGAAACAAGACAAUGAAAGCAUUAGGGUGACCACUCUCUGCCACAACCCGCAGCUCCCUGUGGAAAAUGUCAUGGUUCCCAAUUAUAACACAUCACAGUGCGUUAUGGCCCGACAGCACAAUGAGGAUGGGAUACUUUACGUUUGUGGCUGUGUGAAUGAACAAGAAUGCAAUGACAAACUUAUAUUUAAAAACCAUACCAAUGGAUAUUCCAUGUUACAAAGCAAAGAAAUCAUUCCGGUGGCUGCCAUCAGCCUGUUGCCCCCACUGCUAGUCGCCAUCAUGAUCACAGUGGUAUUCUACCUCUGCCGAACUCACAAGCAGAGGACCAGGUCCAAGGACUGGGCCCAGAAACAAAGCCAGCGUCACACACUGGCCAAACCGAGCAGAGCCACCAGCUAUGAUGAUAUCCUGUCAGUCAAAACAGACCACCACUCCCGCCUGAGCUCAGCCUGCGCCAACAGCAUCAACCAUAACACUGAGCUGUUGCCCAUUGAGCUGGAUGAGAGAGUGGGGAAAGGACAGUUUGCUGAAGUCUGGAGAGCGAAACUGAAACACACCUCGUCGGGCCAGUAUGAGACGGUGGCAAUUAAGAUUUUCCCUUGUGAGGAGUAUGCCUCCUGGAGAAAUGAAAGCCGGAUCUUCGCUGAUGCCAACCUUAAGCAUGACGGCGUCCUUCAGUUUCUCACGGCAGAAGAGAGACACUCUGGACUCCAGAAAGAGUACUGGCUCAUCACAGCCUACCACAGUCAGGGAAACCUCAAGGACUACUUGACUAGGCAUGUUCUGAGUUGGAGGGACUUGCAAAAAGUGGCUGGUUCCCUCGUGAGUGGCGUGGCCCACUUGCACAGUGACUAUACUGCCUGUGGAAGUCCAAAGAUCCCCAUUGCCCACCGGGAUAUCAAAAGCACAAAUAUCCUCAUAAAGAACGAGAAGGAAUGCGUGCUCUGUGAUUUUGGAAUUGCUCUGAGGCUGGAUCCAUCCUUAUCCGUGGAAGAUUUUGCUAAUAGUGGACAGGUGGGUACGGCCAGAUAUAUGGCUCCUGAAGUUUUGGAAUCCAGAGUGAACCUUGAAGAUCUAGAGUCCUUUAAACAAAUGGAUGUCUAUUCCAUGGCCCUGGUUCUAUGGGAGAUCGCCUCCAGGUGCGACGCUAUAGGAGAGGUCAAACCUUAUGAGCUCCCGUUUGGAUCAAAGGUCCGGGAGCAACCCUGCAUGGAAGUUAUGAGGGACAUUGUACUGCAUGGCCGAGGACGACCAGAGAUACCAAGUAAUUGGCUGAUGCAUCAGGGAAUGCAUUUUCUGUGUGACACCAUCACAGAAUGCUGGGAUCAUGACCCCGAAGCUAGACUCACAGCACACUGUGUAGCAGAGCGGUUCAACCUGAUGGCACAGACAGAUUGUGACGACAUCCUCAAUAACAACAACACUGACAAUGAGGCAAGGAAAAUGGGCUGCCGGGUAGAUGAGAAUCAAGAGAAUGAAAGGAACAGCCAGUGACUGGGAGAAGAAGCACACACAAGACAGAAGCAUCAAUGCGCAUGCCACUCUACAAAAAUGUAUCACAAUGCCCCACAUUUAGUUUGUUGAAUGAAUGAAUGAAGUAGAACUUAUUUAUAAGACCUUUUUAUUCCCUAGGCACAAGGCAGAGCCACUGUAUUAAUUUUAUGUACAGCACAAUAUAUAAGUCACUUUAUAAUUAUUUUAAAUGUUAAAAAGUACACAAAGCAUUAUGCUUUCUUUUCAAACAAGAUUAACAGUUAAUGGGCAGCUUACA